GGCAGUGGAGGAGCCAAUCAGUGAGUGGAUUGGCCCCACGCCCCUGAACAACUUUAUCGGGCCCAUCAACCCGUUUUGCCGCAUACCGCGUGCUCCGUGCGACAUUAGACAGGGCCGCUAUCGUACGGAAUACGUCGUCGCAGAUCUCCAGGGCAAUUGGACACCACUAACUAUCAGCCUCGAUUCCAUCUCGGGCUUUUUUUCCUUCAUAUCUUGAGAACGUCCCAGUGUCGUUUCCUAUGUCUGUUCAAUUGGCAGCUGGACUGAUGAGCCAGUACAUUACCUCGCAUCCACUCUCUCCUUUCUCUUUGCUACUUCACUCCUUUAUCCGACCGUCGUAAUCGCUUGCUUUCAAAUUCACUCGCCACCUGGUCGAAUACAUCGCUCCAUAUUUCAGAAUCAGAACCGCAAAUGGUGGAUUUCAGCAAACAAUAAGGCUUGAUCGCAACAUAAUAUCGCGAAGAUGCCGUCCGGCAAGUCUCAGUACGAUCCGGCACCGCCCAUUCCCACGUAUGAUGAGGCCAUACACGGCUCAUCCUCCGACGCAAACUGGCCGCCUCCACGAUCGCCCAUCGACGACAGACCCGAUGCGGAGAGAGAAGCGCAAUCUCUGUUGACGUCAUCACGCUCAAGACCCAGCGAUCGAGGGCUGCCAAAUGGCUACCGACCACCCCACGUGGAAUCAGACGAUGAGGAUUCCCAAUGGAGUUUAGCCAGCGACGAAGAAUACGAGCCGGAAGAUUCGCGAGUACGUCAGGAUAUAGAGGAAUUGGACAUUGAAGAUCCAUUAAACGGUCCCGAGUUGAGGUCAGGGUCCCAAUGGCGCAAACGGAUUGGCUUGUCGUUGUCCCUCCCGAGAUGGAGGUGGCGAUGGCGUCUCCCACGCAUGACAGUCCGUCUUCCCCGCGAAAGUGACGGUGCCAACGGGGCUGCCGCAGAACCAGGCUCCGAAUCGAGGACCACAAGAAGGAGAUGCAAAUUCCCCAAGGUCCAGAUGAGCAACUCGGCAAGCCUGCUUCUGGUCGGUCGCCUGCUGGCCGUCAUCCUCGUCAUGGGCUUCCUCUAUCUACUCUUCAUGAGUGACGUGUUCAACAACAUAACGAGGCGUAUAGGCGGCCAAAUGUUCGAUCCCGAAAGCGUACGGACAUUCGUCCAGAAUAGCGUCGACCCGCAGCGCAUGCAGGACACGCUGAAACACUUGACCAGCUAUGCGCAUAUUGCCGGCACGGAAGGCGACUAUGCACUCGCAAUGGAUGUGCGGAACUCAUUCUUGAAGAGUGGGCUGGAAGAUGUGACGGUGGACGAAUACAACGUGUAUUUGAAUUACCCGAAAGCCGGCGGACGGGCUGUGGAAAUCAUGUCCGAGGAUGGGAAGAAGGCCAAAUGGAGCGCCAAAAUCGAAGAGGAUGAGGUUGGCGGCGAGACCGCUGGGCGCCAAACAUUCGUGUUUCAUGGACACUCUAAAUCAGGUGAUGUGAAAGGACCGUUAAUAUACGCCAACUACGGUAGCAGAGAGGACUUUAAGAGGUUGCACGACAGCGGGAUCGAUACCCAAGGGGCCAUCGCAUUGGUUCGGUACUAUGGUUCCCAGGGAGAUCGGGCGCUCAAAGUCAAAGCGGCGGAGAUGGCUGGGUUUGCCGGCUGCAUUAUCUACAGUGAUCCGGCUGACGACGGAUUUCUGAAGGGCGAGCCUGCGCCCAAGGGACGAUUCAUGCCUGCUGACGGUGUGCAAAGGGGUGCGGUGAGCUUGAUGAGUUGGGUGGUGGGAGAUGUGCUUACCCCAGGCUGGGCAAGCAAGCCAGGACAGCCGCGGGAGAAGUUGACUCAAACGAAAGGCCUGGUCCAGAUCCCCAGCAUACCGCUGGCGUGGCGUGAUGCGCAGAUUCUCCUCCAGCACAUUGAGGGCUUCGGUGAUCCAUGCCCCAGCGAAUGGCAAGGGGGUGUCCCUGAAGUCCAAUGGUGGUCCGGCAACUCAUCGUCCCCUAUCGUGAGGCUGAAGAAUGAGCAAGAUGAAAACGAGCAACAGCCGAUUUGGAACAUUUAUGCCAAAAUAUCUGGUAUCGAACAGAACGAGAAGAGCAUCAUUGUUGGAAACCAUCGAGAUGCAUGGAGCUUUGGCGCCACGGAUCCUGGCUCUGGCACGGCUGUCAUGCUGGAAGUCGCGCGCAUCUUCGGCGAUCUCGUGGCGAGGGGCUGGCGGCCCUUGCGGACGAUCGAGUUCAUGAGCUGGGAUGCCGAGGAGUACAAUCUCAUCGGCAGCACAGAGUUUGUCGAGAACAACAUGGACGCCCUGCGGAAAAACGCCUUUGCAUACAUUAACCUCGACUCGGCUGUCAGUGGGACUGAAUUCCAUGCCGCUGCAUCACCCAUGUUCAACAAGAUUCUUCAGCAUGUUCUCGACCGAGUACACGACCGCAACCGCAACGCGACGCUGGGUGAACUAUGGAAGCAGCGCGGGGCGAGCCUCGAAGGCCUCGGAGCCGGGAGUGAUUAUGUAGCGUUCCAGGACAUGGCUGGCACCAGCUCGAUCGAUAUCCGGUUCGAAGGCGAGCGCUACCCCUACCACUCGAGCUACGACAGUUUCGACUGGAUGUCGAAUGUCGGCGACCCGGAAUUCGCAUACCACACCCUGCUAGGCCAAGUCCUGGCCCUACUCGCACUCGAGCUAGCCGACCGGCCCAUCCUGCCCUUCGAUCUCCUCGCGUACGCGCUGUCUUUAGGUCGCUACCUCGGAGACCUGUGGAAGUGGGGCGAGAGCAAAGGUGCUAACGCAGACACCACGAAGAGGUUCAACGUCGAUCCCAUCCGGGAUGCCAUCAAGAAGGUGGAGGCGGCAGUGAUCGAGUUCGACAAGUGGGAGGACAAAUGGUCACAGAGUGUCAUGAGCGCCAACGGCUGGGAACCUAACGGACUUGGCAGGCAGAGGUGCGAGUACAACGCGAAGAUGGCCGAUUUCGAGACCGGAUUACUAGACUUAGAGUUUCCCGCUUUUGGUGGUGGAGUACCAAACCGCACACAAUUUGUCCAUGUCAUCUUCGGCCCGCAGUUGUGGUCCGGAUACGACGAGGCGUACUUUCCCGCCAUCCGGGACGCCAUCGAUGCCGGCGAGUGGGGGCUCGCGCAGAAUAUAACGAAUAAAGUCGGGGCUAUCAUAGCGAAAGCGGCGAGCGGUCUGGCGUGGGAUCAAUAGUGAGAAUUGAAUCGGAUUGCCAGUACUCUGUCUGUCUCUAUGAAAGUUAUAUUUUCUUCACUUUAUCUCUAUCUUUAUGCCUCGGGCUGAGUGUUAAAAGCUUCGAUGGAGUUGCAUUGCUUGGCGUUCUUACCCUGGAUUGGGGCUUGGAAAGGGUGAGUGGUCAUUGUGCCAGUCUUCUUUUUGAUAUUUCUACAGUGGUCCCUGAUGGACGGAUAGGAGGGAAGGGGAGAGGUUUGGGUUGGUGGUGGCACGAAUAAGACCUGAGGAACUCGUUCGAUAGAUAUGCUUGCUCUAUAGUAUAGUGGUUCGUUGUUAUAUAUUUCCAUGGAGCCUUUUUUCUUGCCUA